AUGUUCGUGCUCAGGAAUGUCGGGAAGCUCCUCUUCGGGUCCAGCAACCAGGAGUCUGUGGCUGAGCUCCCGCAAGGCCAGCUGUACCUUGUCCGACCACUUUCGCCGAAAGGCUACUCCGAGCUUAUCUUUAAGGACGCAUCUGCCCGAAUCCGGCGAACUGCGCAGGAUUUCCAGUACCAGCUCGUCGUUCAGCGAGUAUACGAAGAGGGAGAGGCCGAGCUGCUUGCUGAAGAGGAAGGGGAAGACGCCGAGGCGGACGCGGAUAUCCUCGCUGGGGAACGUGACGAGAAAACAUUCUUGCUCGACGAGGCCCUCCACUUUCGCGUUGAGAAUCGGGAAGGAAGCGAGAGGAUCCUGGCUUGGCGGGAUUUGAGCGGCGACGCCGGCGACGUCUACGAAUUCGUCUGCGACGCCAGCACUUCUCCCUCCCAGGUCGAACAAUUCGAGCGCGUCGCGCGACAGUGCCAGUACGAGCGUAAAUACCGGAAACCACAUACCACAGCUUCGGAAGAGGACCUUCAGCAGUUCGAGUUUGACGAGCAACCCAUUCCUCAAGCAAGCCCUAUCCACAGUCCGACAAUUGCCAGGUCGAUCGACUCUUCUGACUCAAUGGUUCUCACAAACCCCGCCGCGAACACCCGCGCCAAAAGGGACAAGGUCCCCGAGCCGGACACUACGCCUACGAAGAAAGGCAAGGAAAAGGAUAUGAAACCUCCAGCUGUGUCCGCGCACCCGGAUGCACGUGAGAUUUUGGCUGCCGAGGUUGCUGAGUUGCACUUCUUCGAUUUCCCGUCGGGCGCAUUUGUUCUCCAGGAUGCGUCCGUUACGGCAACGGUGACAGAGAUUGGCGACUGGCAAUACUGGCUGCAGGUCAAGAGUGCGGGCCGGGACUGGCUGGGCAUUCCGGUUGUCGCUGACAUCAACCCUGUCUUCAACUUUGAGUUCCUCUCUUUCAUCUUCAACCAGUUCUCCGAUGAUGGCUCCGCCUACUCCUGGCUUCUACGGUUCAAGGACCAGGCAACCCUGGAGCGCUUUCAGGAGGGUCUCUUACAAGCCCUCUGGGAGCAGCUUAAUGAGAUGAAGUGGUCCAAGAUCAAGGACAAGGAACGCGACUACGUUGCUGAUGCCUUCAACGACCUGACCAUGGAGGAGACCGGGCAGGCCGAGGAAGAGGAAGAGGAAGAAGAAUGCACUGAAGAGGAGGAGCCGGAAAAUGAUGACCGUGCGCAAAGCGAGCAUUACGACAGCGACGAAGAGGCGGACGAUGUUGAGUACAGGCCGAAGGAUGAAGAUGUCAACAAGAUGCUCGCGGUCGGGUACAAGCACGACCGAUCAUUUGUCGUCCGCGGUUCUAAGAUUGGUGUGUUCAAACAUACUCCAAACAACCACUUGGAAUUCAGCACAAAUAUCUCCAAGGUCGAGACCCCUCGUGGCGAGCUGUUUUCGCCCAAGAAGGUCAUGCUCCACAACGAGGACCGCAACCUCAUCCUGCAAAAGGACUCGGACCCGAACAAGCUGUACCGCAUGGAUCUCGAGUAUGGGAAGGUUGUCGAUGAGUGGCAAGUGCAUGAAGACAUCCCGGUAGUUACAUUCGCGCCGGAGAACAAGUUUGCCCAGAUGACCCACGAGCCGACCUUCCUCGGUAUCAGCAAGAACGCCCUCUAUCGCGUGGAUCCUCGGUUGUCCGGGAACAAGCUUGUCGACGCCCAGCUCAAGCAAUACGUGAGCAAGAACGAUUUCUCAGCGGUUGCAACGACGGAGAAGGGCUACAUUGCGGUGGCAUCCAACAAGGGCGAUGUCCGGCUGUUCGACCGUCUUGGUAUCAAUGCUAAGACGCACAUUCCGGCUCUCGGCGAACCCAUCAUCGGUCUCGAUGUUUCCGCGGACGGCCGCUGGGUGCUUGCCACGUGCCGAACAUACCUGCUUCUGAUCGAUGCGCUGCAAAAGACGGGCAAAAAUGAAGGGAAGCUGGGGUUCGAGAAGCCCUUCGCUGCUGAUGCCAAGCCGCAACCCCGCCGUCUUGCGCUCACACCAGAGCACGUCGCCCAGUUCGCUUACGAGACAGGCAAGGGCGUGAAUUUCACACCUGCCAAGUUCAACACCGGCGCGGGCGUCGAAGAGACCAGCAUUAUCACCGCCACGGGCCCGUACAUCAUCGAGUGGAGUCUUAAGAAGGUUCUUGCCGGACGGAAGGCGCCGUACCUCAUCAAGCGGUACACAGACGAUGUCAAGGCCGACGACUUCAAGUUCGGCACGGAUAAGAAUGUCAUUGUGGCGCUGCCGCAUGAAGUAAACAUGGUCAACCACGCACGUCUGAAGCGGCCAACGAGGGAGAGCAUUGCUGGUGAGUUUGGUAUUGCCGGCCGCAGGGGCUCGGGUCGGAUUGGUACGCCGGGGAGCGGGAGGUACAAGCUGGGCAAGGACGACAUCGUGAAGGAGGCCUAUUAA